GUGUCGGCUGAGGUUCAGGCUGAAGAUACCAGGGUCACUCUAGUUUCUGAUCAGAAUUUGUCAGUUAUUCCUCCGUCUGAUAACACUGCUCCUAUCCCCCAGACCGACGUCUCUACUACUUCCACCAACAUUAUGCUUUUAGUUGGCAUCGCUGACUCUCUCUUUGCUAGCGUUGAUGUACUUUUUGGUGAUAUUGAGGGAGGUAUCGGGGGCAACAUCACUGGUCUGACUUAG